AUGGCAACCGUAUCACCACCCGCCCAGCAGCGACUGCUCGUGGCCCUGCUCAACCGAGCAUCCACCAAUUAUCGACUAUCCAUCCUCAACCAGCUCGUGUCAGACGCCUCAUCGCCCUUUGAGCUGACUGCUGAGCGCUCGCUCCGAAUCUCGCUCCCCGAAGACGACGGCCUGCUCCGAUCGCUGCUCUCAAACGAAAUUGAGACGCACGGAGAAGCCGAAACACUUGUCAAGUGGGCGCUCAAGUUUACAGCUUCGACCAACUUCUUCUGCGUGCUCAGCCUCAAGAGCGACAGCCAAGAGCCGCCCGCGUCAAACAUGUGCGAGGUGUUCCUCAAAGAUCAUGCACCGAAGCUGUGGGAGUCCUAUGGUCAAGACGAGAUCUACUUCUCGCCCGACCAAGCUACCGCCGAGAUGCAGGUCCAGCUGCUGUUCCCUGACGGCGAAAGCUACAACGCUCUCACGCCUCUUAGCACUUCGUCGGACCUUCCCAGAGCUGCUUCUCUUUUUGAAGCACCUCUGAUGACCGCAAACGCAUCCAACUCGAGCCAAGGGGAAAGCGUAUUCAGCCAAGCCUCCGCUUCCACCGCUGCCACUUCCAUCUCGCCCCACACUCGUCCGCAGAGUCGAGCAUCUCUGGUGAAUCCCACUCCUAAAGCCAAUCCAGGUAGCGGUAUCUUCAAAGCACGCGCCAUUCCCAGUGCCGUCACAUCCAAGCCCUCGAUCGAGCCCCGACUCAGUAAAGCAGCCGCCUUGCGGAUGGGCGUUCAGCUUCCCGCGUCGCAGAACUCACCCGCUCGAUCUCGUGUCGCUAGUACCUCAAAGGACGCUUCCAACGUCGGUAUCUCCGGAGUGACAAAGCGAGCCGCACCACCGCCCGUCUCGCUCAAAGCACCGUCCAUCGCUCCUCGACUCAACAAAGUUGCACUAGCUCGUCAGGGUGGUGUCGCCAGCGAACCCGCUCCUGUCCCUCGCAGAUCCGCGUCUGUCGCCAGCUACGCUUUCCCCUCCACCAGCAAAAGCGCAUCGACCGACUCAACGACAGCGCCAGUGGACUUCUCCACUACACCGGGGCACAAGCGGCUUUCACUCACGACGCCCCGCAGUAUCGCGUCCAUCGCUCCACCCGCCAUUGCUCCGCGUCAGAACCGGGCCAGCAUGAGCCGCCUGCAGACGCAGCAGCCCGCGCAGUCUGCUCGAUCCACCGCCCCUCCUUCGUCGUUUCGACCUGCUCGUCCGACCGAUUUCACCUCCACUCCGGGCCACAAGCGCGCCUCUCUCUCGCUCAGCAUCCCUUCCCUGGCCGCGCCGUCCGUUGCACCGCGUCCGAACCGCGCCUCGCUCGCACGCACCCGGCCCACAGCAUCUUCCCCUGAUACGGCGACCGCGAGCGGUCAGAAGACCACCCAGACCCGAGCAGCACCAGACUUCAGCGGCACCCCAGGCCACAAGCGCGCAUCGCUCAAUCUGAGCCUCGCCUCGCUCAGGGCGCCAGCUAUCGCGCCGCGGUUGAACAAGGCGGCGGGUGCGCGGAUCGGGCUUGGGGGUGUGGCCAAAAGUGGCGCUUGA